AUGAAGAUCUGCGUGACCACCAUUCUGUCAAUCGCCCUCCUUCUGUGUAACUCUGUCAAGCUCCGAGCUUCCGUUACUGGGCCGGUUCCCUCGGAUGGUGAAGGCCCUGCGUCUCAGGUGAGUCAGCAGUGCUGCCAAGGACCUGCUGCAAUACCAGGUAUACCAGGUCUGCCUGGACCAGCAGGACCGAUGGGGCCAUACGGUCAGCCAGGGUCAAAGGGUGAUUUAGGCCAGCAAGGUCACAAAGGUGAGAUUGGACAGAUUGGACCUAUUGGUGAGCGGGGAGCACCUGGGAACACUGGGUCUAAAGGUGACGAUGGGAUUGGCCUGCCCGGAAAGAUAGGUCCGAGAGGCCCACCGGGUCUUGUUGGAGCAGUCGGUCAGGCUGGUGUCAAAGGUCAAAAGGGUGAGCCAGGACAGACACCAGACGACUCCAACCAGCGGGUGGCAUUCACCGUGGUGAGGACGAGCAGCUCGGAUGAAUCUACAAGUGUCGACACCCGUUUGCCCUUCCAGCAGACCGAGACGCUUCUGCCGGGUACCACCUUCGAUCUCGAGACCGGCACGUUCACCUGUAGUGUGCCGGGUACCUACGUAUUUAUGUUUUCUGUUCUUAAGAAUAGCAACAGCGGUAGCUUUAACAUCCAUCUUGUUAAAAACAACCACAAGGUGAUUUCCACCUAUGGUCAAGCAAAUCAACGAGGUCAGUUGUCUGGAAGCGCGGUGCUGGUUCUGCAGCGUGGAGAUACGGUGCAUGUUACCAUGUACGGUAGGGCGUAUAGUGAUUCCACCUAUAAAUACACCUCAUUCAGUGGCUUCCUCCUUUACCCGGAGUCAAUUAAUUAAUUAAUAAAUAAUCACCACGCAUAAAUAUACAGGAACAGUGCUUCCCCGCAACAAAAUGUUUCGUUUUUUUAUUUUGCCGAAACAAUAACCAAUGAUUUAACAGAAAUGAUGUUCAAUUUAAUAAUAAUAAACAAAAUGUCUCCUAUGGGUACCAUUAACAGGUAUGAUACAAAUGAUUAAUUUUAAAUACACGUUUAGCAUUGAUAUAUCAAAACGGUUUACAAAACAUCAACACAAUUUUUUUUAAAUCAUUAAAAAUAAGAUAAAAGUAAAACUCUCAUUUUCAGAAGAUAAUAUUUUAAGCCGUGAUUGAACAAUUCCAAAUUCAUAAACAUUUCUCAAUAAAGCUGAAAGUCUGUUCCCCAGAUGUAUACAUGGUAAAAGCACAAUCCCUGUAUGCCUUGCUAGGCUUUGGACAAACUUUAGGGUGGCUGAACUUAACCCCGUCGCAGCUUUUAGUGCGAAUGUUAAACUCCUGAACUGAUCUCAACUCGACGGAUUAUUCUGAAAACUAACAAAAGAUCUUGAAUUCAACCCUUACCGUAUGUAUAACUGUGAGCCAAUGUAGUUCCUGAAGUAUGGAUGCAUGUCCGCUUAACGAUCUAUCCUUCUUGGGAUAACCAGUCGGACAGCAGCAUUCUAAAUAUGUUGUCAUUUCUUAA